UUGGUCAGUCUACGUCAGUCUGCGUUUAUGCGUCGGAGAAGAAACAUGUGGUGUUGUUGUUAUAGGUUAAUUUAAUUACAAAUUUAUAAAUGAAAACGAAUAAAUCAUGUUGUUUCAUGAAUCAAAAGCUUUUGUAUUUUCAGCUAUUUUUCUAUUAUCAAUUGAUAUAAUCCUGUCAAAGUCAUGGGAUGUUGCUGUAACAAUCGGUCCAGAAGUUCACUUUUUCUCUGACAAUGGCACUUUAUUGAGACGCAUAAAAAAUCGAGACUCAAUGGUAUUUUCUGCUAUAGCUUUCGAUCAAAUAUCUCACACGUUAUUUCUUGGUGACUCAAGUAAUCAAGCAGUAAAAAUAUUUUCAAAAAAUCUACAAUCUAAAGAUCCUGAAAUGAAUAUUUUAUUUAAUGGUAAAAGUGAUACUUCGACAGUUAUGGAUAUGGCCUAUGAUCAAUCAUCGCAAUGCCUAUUUUGGACAGACAGUAGAAAACAAGUAAUUUAUAAAAUGAAUAUUAAUUCAUUAAACGGUUCUGAUUCGCCAAAGAUUAUUUUACGAUUAAAAAAUGAAAACCCUCAUGGAUUGUCUUUAGAUAUAUGUCAUCAACGAUUAUAUUGGGCAAAUAGCAAUCAAUCAUAUCCUAGUAUAUCAAGUGCAAAUCUCGAUGGGACAAAUUAUUCUAUAAUAAUCAACAAAGAUUUAUAUCAACCAGUCGCAGUAACUGUUGAUCAUUUAUCUCAACAAUUAUAUUGGAUUGAUGAUGAAGAAGGAAUUAAUUUUAAAAUUGAACGCAGCAAUUUAGAUGGUACCAGACGUGAGCUAUUGAUACGUGGAAAUCAUCAACAGCCUUUCAAUAUUGCUAUUGAUUACUCUAGGAUUUACUGGUCAGAUUGGGUUUAUAAAGCUGUUUGGAGUAUAGAAAAAAAUACACAAUCAGUAAAAGUUCCUAAAACAUGGAAAUCAUUUCGUGAUAACAAUAAAAAUGCUUAUCCUACAUCAAUAAUUACAUACAAUAAUAUUGCUGAAAUUGAAUGUAUUACUUUACAAAGUGAAACAUUAUCUAAUUAUUCUUUAUCAAAUGAUAACAACGAAAAAUAUAGUAUAUCGUUCGAAAGCAAUCAAGUGCUUAAUCAACCAAUAAAUAAAAACUCACAAAUAUGUUUGAAUGGUGGACACUUAAAUAAUAUAAGCAAUACUUGUCAAUGCGACUUAGGGUACAGUGGGCCAUUUUGCGAAAAAUCAGUUUGUGAUGGAUUUUGUGUUUAUGGUGAAUGCAACAUACUUUAUGAUGGAAAACCAAAUUGCCAAUGUCAUUCAACCCAUCAAGGAUUAAGAUGUGAACAAGAAAUAUGUUUAAAUUAUUGCUUAAAUGAAGGAGAAUGUCGCAUUGAAAAUAAUGAACCAAUAUGUUUAUGUAAAUAUUCCCGAGGUAUUAGAUGUGAAGAAUUACACAACGUAACGCAAAUAUGCAGAAUUAUAUGUGCCAGUCCAUUAUAUUCUGCGUACGAAGAAAUGAAUGAUGGUUUAUGUCGCUGUUCCGAAAUAAAUUCCACUAGCGAUCUUAAUGAUAGGUUUAUUGAUGAUUCUUGGACAAGAAUAUUAACAGUUGUGUUAAUUGUAAUUAUUGGGAUACUUUUAAUUUUAAUUGUAAUACUAAGUUAUUUUCUUAACAAAUUUCGUUGUCGGCCACUUAUUAAGAAACGAUUUGUCAUGAGUAGAAAGGGUAUUACUCCAUUAACAUCAAGACCUCAAUUAUCGAGUGAUCAAUGUGAAAUAAUGAUUGAGGAUUGUUGCAACAUGAAUAUUUGUGAAACUCCUUGUUUCGAGCCUAAAAUUAAAAAUCCAGAUCUGAAGGGUACGAAGAUGAAAGGAAAAUUUCAUUGCUGACGAAAGUGUAAUAAUUAUUGUAAAAAUUCAAUUAUACCUCAUUCAGUGAUAAUAGUAUGUUAUACACCUAGGGCAAUAGAGUAAGAAAUGUCUCAGAUCACAAUUGAUCUGAGGCUUUCUUAUUUACUUCCCAAGGUGUGUAUACUAUUUUUCUCCUUGACGGAGGCGGAAAGCGGCAACUUCGUUUUGCACAGCGGGACAAAAGUUGACGCUUUCCGCCCGGAGGUGAGAAAAAUAUUAUUAUUAUUAUUAGUAUUAUUGCUAAGUUAAAUGUAUUCUAAGAAAUGAUUGUCAUGCAAAAUGCUUAUAAUGAGAGAAAAACUGAUCAUUAUUUCACUUAAUGAAAAUCAUGAAAAAAAAAAAAAAAAAAAAAAUCAUAUCAUGAUUAACGUACUUAAAACUUUUUAUUGUUUCGCUGACAAAUAAAAAUAAAUUUUAUACAUUUUGUUUAAGAUGUUAUGAAUAUUUAUUAAAUGUAUAUAUUAAUACAUGAUAUUAUGAAAUAUUUAAAUAGAAUCUAGAAAUAAUUUUAGCUGGUGUAUAAUAUUCCCGCUGUAUAAACGUUUUUAGAAACUUACUGAACGAUUCGAAGUUGGAUGACAAGGAUUCUUUGAAAUUCAUACACUAAUUGUGUGAAAGACGAACAAACGAUUUGCACUCAUUUAUAUGUUAUUUACCAUAUACUUACGGCGGUUGUGUAGAAAAAUUUAUACACAUGUAUACUUAAAGUAACACACAAAUUAAUGUUAAAACUCUCUACGAUUUAACCAUUAUUUUUUAUACACUUAAAAAUACUUUUCAUUAAAAUCGAUCAAGCGACUGCAGACGAUUGUUUCUUCAAAUCUAUAGUAAUAAUAAUAAUGAUGAUGAUAAUAAUGAUUUAAUUUAUUGUAAGUUUAUUUGGUUAUAGGAUAGGUGUCAUCUAAUGACCAUAAGACAAUAUACAACAUCAAGUGUACAGUAAUUUAUAUUAAUUUCAGAUUAACAAAUUAUAGAUUUUAAAAUAAUAAAAUAAAAAGAAAAGACAAAAUUUAAAUAAUAAUAAUGAAUAUCCUGAUCAGACUAAAAUAUAUAAUUAUUAGUCUUAUUAUUUUAAUUGAUAUAGCAUGACAAAUGUAAAUUCACUCAACAAUCAAACGACACGAAAAAUAAAAAAAAUAAAAAAAAAACCAAACAUUACAAUACUGAAGGUACAUAAUGUGUAUAGUUGAGUCAAUAAAUAUGGAUAAAUAAAUGAAUAAAUAAAUAAUAAUAAA